UAGAGGGAGUGGUCAUGGGCAGCUCCUUUCCUGACAAGAGGAUGUCACUUUCCUGAUCCAGCCAGCCUCAGUGCACCUGACAGCUGUCCCUCAUGCCCAGCACACCGUCUGAGUUGAGUGCUGGAUGGACGGGAGCCACCGUCCCUGACCAUGUAGAUGCCAGCUCCGGGAAGCAGCAUGGGCCCCACUGAAUGGAGACUACUGAGUCUAGAGCCCUGAGCCCCUCCAGCCCCUGGACUUCACCCUGGACCCAGAGGCACCCCUUGGAGUUCACUACUGCUGCUGUCAGCCCACCUCGACUGCGCCCUCCCCCUGGGACCCGGAGUCGGCCACCAGGAGCCGCAGCCAUCCAGUGAGGUUGUGCUGAGGACAGCCACACAGAGCCAUCACCCAGUAGCCUCUGGUCCAGUGCUGACCCUCGGGCCCACCCUGAGCAGGGACUGUGGCAAACAUGGGUGACAUGACCAACAGCGACUUUUACUCCAAAAACCAAAGAAAUGAGUCAAGCCAUGGGGGCGAGUUUGGGUGCACGUUGGAGGAGCUCCGCUCCCUCAUGGAGCUGCGGAGCACUGAGGCUGUGGUCAAGAUCAAGGAGACUUACGGCGACACCGAAGCCAUCUGCCGGCGCCUCAAAACCUCACCUAUAGAAGGUUUGCCAGGCACGGCUCCAGACCUAGAAAAGAGAAAGCAGAUUUUUGGACAAAACUUUAUACCUCCAAAGAAGCCAAAAACCUUCCUGCAGCUCGUGUGGGAAGCGCUGCAAGAUGUGACGCUGAUCAUCCUGGAAAUCGCGGCCAUCAUCUCCCUGGGGCUCUCCUUCUACCACCCACCUGGCGAGAGCCAAGAAGGAUGCGCCACAGCCCAGGCUGGGUCUGAGGAUGAAGGGGAGGCAGAGGCAGGCUGGAUUGAGGGGGCUGCCAUCCUCCUCUCAGUCAUCUGUGUGGUCCUGGUCACGGCCUUCAAUGAUUGGAGCAAAGAGAAGCAGUUCCGGGGCCUGCAGAGCCGCAUCGAGCAGGAGCAGAAGUUCACCGUGAUCCGGGCUGGCCAGGUGGUCCAGAUACCUGUGGCCGAGAUUGUGGUUGGAGACAUCGCCCAAAUAAAAUAUGGUGAUCUCCUCCCUGCUGAUGGCCUCUUCAUCCAGGGCAAUGACCUCAAGAUCGAUGAAAGCUCCUUGACAGGAGAGUCUGACCAGGUGCGCAAGUCCGUGGACAAGGACCCCAUGCUGCUGUCAGGGACCCAUGUGAUGGAGGGCUCUGGACGGAUGGUGGUGACCGCUGUGGGUGUGAACUCUCAGACUGGCAUUAUCUUUACCUUGCUGGGAGCCGGUGGUGAGGAGGAAGAGAAGAAAGACAAGAAAGGUGUGAAGAAGGGGGAUGGCCUUCAGCUACCAGCGGCCGAUGGUGCGGCAGGUUCAAAUGCUGCAGAUAGUGCAAAUGCCAGCCUAGUCAAUGGUAAAAUGCAGGAUGGCACUGUGGACACCAGCCAGAGCAAAGCCAAACAGCAGGAUGGGGCCGCCGCCAUGGAGAUGCAGCCCCUCAAGAGUGCCGAGGGCGGUGAUGCUGACGACAAGAAGAAGGCCAACAUGCACAAGAAGGAGAAGUCGGUGCUCCAGGGCAAGCUCACCAAGCUGGCUGUGCAGAUCGGCAAGGCGGGCCUGGUGAUGUCGGCCAUCACGGUGAUCAUCCUGGUGCUGUACUUCACCGUGGACACCUUCGUGGUCAACAAGAAGCCAUGGCUGCCCGAGUGCACGCCCGUCUACGUGCAGUACUUCGUCAAGUUCUUCAUCAUUGGUGUGACGGUGCUGGUGGUGGCCGUGCCCGAGGGGCUCCCUCUAGCCGUCACCAUCUCGCUGGCCUACUCUGUGAAGAAAAUGAUGAAGGACAACAACCUGGUACGCCACCUGGAUGCCUGUGAGACCAUGGGCAAUGCCACGGCCAUCUGCUCAGACAAGACAGGCACGCUGACCACCAAUCGCAUGACGGUAGUGCAGGCCUACCUUGGUGAUGUCCACUAUAAGGAGAUCCCGGACCCCAGCUCCAUCAAUGCCAAGACCAUGGAGCUGCUGGUCAAUGCCAUCGCCAUCAACAGCGCCUACACCACCAAGAUUCUGCCCCCAGAGAAGGAGGGCGCACUGCCUCGGCAGGUGGGCAACAAGACCGAGUGCGGCCUGCUGGGCUUCGUGCUGGACCUGAAGCAGGACUACGAUGCCGUGCGCAGCCAGAUGCCAGAGGAGAAGCUGUACAAAGUGUACACGUUCAACUCUGUGCGCAAGUCCAUGAGCACAGUCAUCAAGCUGCCGGACGAGAGCUUCCGCAUGUACAGCAAGGGCGCGUCUGAGAUCGUGCUCAAGAAGUGCUGCAAAAUCCUCAACGGGUCAGGUGAGCCCCGGGUCUUCCGGCCCCGUGACCGGGAUGAGAUGGUGAAGAAGGUGAUCGAGCCUAUGGCCUGUGAUGGGCUCCGCACCAUCUGUGUGGCCUACCGCGACUUCCCCAGCAGCCCCGAGCCUGACUGGGAUAAUGAGAACGAUAUCCUGAACGACCUCACUUGCAUCUGUGUGGUGGGCAUUGAGGACCCCGUGCGGCCUGAGGUGGUCAUUCUUAGGAGCCUGGAUUUUCUCUACCAGGGGCAGCCCCUGAAGAAGGUGACACAGGCUGAGCUUCAGCAGGUCACGCUCCUGGUGGUCAGGGCACGUGGUGGCAGCAGGUGGGGCUGGUCUCCCCAUGACAGCCCUCUCCACGGUUGCUGUCCCCAGGACUCCCCUCUGAAGGCCGUGCAGAUGCUCUGGGUGAACCUCAUCAUGGACACGUUCGCCUCACUGGCGCUGGCCACCGAGCCGCCCACCGAGACCCUGCUUCUGAGGAAGCCGUACGGCCGCAACAAGCCCCUCAUCUCGCGGACCAUGAUGAAGAACAUCCUGGGCCACGCCGUCUACCAGCUCACCCUCAUCUUCACACUGCUCUUUGUGGGUGAGAAGAUGUUCGAGAUCGACAGCGGGAGGAACGCCCCCCUGCACUCGCCGCCCUCGGAGCACUACACCAUCAUCUUCAACACCUUCGUCAUGAUGCAGCUCUUCAACGAGAUCAAUGCCCGCAAGAUCCACGGCGAGCGCAACGUCUUUGACGGCAUCUUCCGGAACCCCAUCUUCUGCACCAUCGUGCUGGGCACCUUUGCCAUUCAGAUAGUGAUCGUGCAGUUUGGGGGGAAGCCAUUCAGCUGCUCCCCGCUGCAGCUGGACCAGUGGAUGUGGUGCAUAUUCAUCGGGUUAGGAGAGCUCGUCUGGGGCCAGGUCAUCGCCACCAUCCCCACCAGCAGGCUCAAGUUCCUCAAGGAGGCGGGCAGGCUCACGCAGAAGGAGGAGAUCCCGGAGGAGGAGCUCAACGAGGACGUGGAGGAGAUAGACCACGCCGAGCGAGAGCUGAGGCGGGGCCAGAUCCUAUGGUUCCGAGGCCUGAAUCGGAUCCAAACCCAGAUUGAAGUAGUCAAUACAUUCAAGAGCGGGGCCUCCUUCCAGGGGGCCCUGCGGAGACAGUCCUCCGUCACCAGCCAGAGCCAGGACGUAGCCAAUCUCUCUAGCCCUAGUCACAUCCGCGUCGUGAAGGCGUUCCGUAGCUCUCUCUAUGAAGGUCUAGAAAAGCCUGAGUCUCGAACCUCCAUCCAUAAUUUCAUGGCUCAUCCUGAAUUCCGGAUCGAAGAUUCACAGCCCCACAUCCCCCUCAUCGAUGACACCGACCUGGAAGAAGAUGCCGCGCUCAAGCAGAACUCGAGCCCGCCGUCAUCGCUCAACAAGAACAACAGCGCCAUCGACAGCGGGAUCAACCUGACGACCGACACAAGCAAAUCAGCUACCUCUUCAAGUCCAGGGAGCCCCAUCCACAGCCUGGAGACGUCGCUUUAGCUGAGGACCCCACCGCCACCCACCUCCCGGGCACCCACCCAUCCAGACACCCAACUCACUCAAGCAGCAACGAGCAACAACAGGAAACCAAAUACUGGCGAGAAAACCAACGUUUCCACCCAACAGACCCUUUUUCUGGCUGUGAUGCUGUUUGAACUCUUUCUCACUUUGAGGCAAGGGGCAGGGUCUCCUCCUGGGCUUAAGGGAGUGAGCGAUUUUCCCAGAACAAGCCCUUCCUGGCUCCUGCCCACUCAUGGACCAGCCAUGCGCCCGCCCAGCCGCCAUGUCCCCUGCAUGAAUGUACUGUACACUUCCAGUCCUCCGCUUGUUUGGUUUUGGGGGGCUGGGGAGGGUUUUUGUUUGUUUUCUUAGGCGGGAACUGCAAACAGACUAUUUUCUGAGACUAUUUAUCCAAUCCACUGGUCUGUGAAUUUUUGAAAUGCUUGCAAAGCAUGGUCUCAGUUGUAUAGGUUAAUUUAACAACUUUUUGACAUUGCAGAGCUUAACUCGCCUAGUAGAUUUGCACCAAUGGAACCGAAGAACUUCAUAGACACUCACAAGGUUAUAUCCAUUUAUUUAUAUCUAUAUCAACGUAUACUUACUCAAGACUGUAUACGUCCAUAUAGAUAGGUAGAUAUAUAUAUAUAUAUAUAUAAAUAUAUAUACAUGGAUAUAUAAAGUUUCUUUGCCGGCAUGUUGCCUUGUUUCUGCUUAAAUUGCUCUAUUUUAACUUAUUUAUGUUCUAAAAGAAGAAUGUAAUUUGUUUACAAACCUGUAGAUAAUGUCUUUGGCUAUUUGUAUGGUUUAAGAACACUGGUGGCUGAGAUGCUAUAAAAACAGCUCAGCUCAACAGAUACUUCCCUGGGUUGCAUCCUUGAUGUUUUACGAUAGCCAUGCUCUGAUUUUUGCCUGCUAUUUCCGUUCAAUAAUGUCACUACCACAGGAGGCUCAGGCAGAAGCCAAAAGUUACCAAGUGUCCAUCCUGAGGGCUUUAACACCAUGCUCCGUAGACAAAGGGAGAGGAGAGAGAAGGCUUCGUGGGCUUGGAGUGCUAAGGGUCAUCCCCGCCCAAGGAUGACGGGAGCAAAGCAUUUUGUUGAAGACUUUUCUCUCAAUGAAACUCGCUUGGGUUUACAAAGAGCAUUUCGCAAAGGGGUUCUCUUUGGCACUGUCUGCUUAGAGAUUGAGGUAGUGUUGCAAUAUUAUAAAUGCUAUUGUGUUGAUUUUUUUUUAGUUAGUAAUUUAGAGGUUUAUUCCCUUAUUAAUUGCAGCAUUUAAGCUGUUGGUGUAUUGGAUGAGGAUCAUUAUGGCUUGCUGCUUUUAUUUUUAUUUUUGAAGAAGAAUAGCCUUUUUCUCUGCACUAUUUAGAUCCGAACAAACCUUAUGAUGUGUAUAUUGAGAUGUAUUCAGUGUGAUUUUUAAACCAAACUGUCUUCCUAUAGUCGCAAUAUAUACUGUAGCCUUUUAACAGCAAGUCGCUUUCCCGACAGAAAGCCAUUCUGAAACCCUACAGUAUCACAGGUGAGAAGGGGAGGUGAUUUUUCCCUCAAGACAAUUACAGCACUAGUAACCCCACGUAAUAAGAGCUCAAUUAAUUGUAUGUCAGCCUCCUAACUGCUAAGCACUUUGUGGGUAUCAGCUUUUUUCAUAAAAGAACUUUUGUAUUUAAUACAAAGUUUGCUUUGAGACUUUUCAGCAUACGAUCUUUUUCCAUAAACUUGUACAGUGCAAAAGACAUUUUGAAUACCAUGAUCGAUGACGUCCCAUGCUUCAAGGAAAACCAAACACGUCCCGCCUCGCUUGUGAAAUUCAUUCCUCAUAAGGACCCUUCCCACAGUUGCUCUGCAUCACCCCGGCCCCUUCCCUUCUCCAGGCCCAGAGAAUUCUUCCACGCACAAGAUGAGAGCCACGCGGGAAAAGAGCCAUAGUCAGCUGGGAGGGCCCACAUCUGGAGAAACCUGAGGGUUUGGGACCCGCAUCAGCCCAUCCCACCUGGCAAAAUCUUCCUGGAAGGAGGACCUUCUUCGAGCACGAGCAUCGCCUGAAUGUCGAGAAGGAAUAUCUCUGAACGUACCCAGCAGAGGAAACUGCAUCCCCAAAGGGGUGACCAGCCCUCAGAUAGACUUACUGGAUUCCAAUACCAACACCACCAAAAGCCAGCCCACUGCUCUCCUGCCUACCGAGAGAGGAAAGACCUGCACACGGAGAAUGUUGGGCAGCCUUGGAACGUGGGGAUUUUGUAGUUUCCUUUCUCAAGGUUUUCCAUCUCCCCCCUUCUUGGUUCCAAUCCUGUGCCCCUGACCUCAUUCCACAGCCCUGGGAAAGCUGCGCUUGCACACCACGCUCCCUAUUUAUUUGGGGCCGGGACGCAAGGCAAACAGGAGGGGUUUCUGAGUGGAUCAUAGCUGGGGGAACAGGGAGCCACACGGGAGCUACCGAAAAUGCCCCGCUUUAGGGUUGGUCUUUUCUUGUCAGGAAUGAUGGAUGCUCACGCACACGCACACACGCACACACCCUCCCUCUGACGCUUGCACACACAUCCACACACACAGGAAAUGAUUGGGUUUGUCAAAACUCACUGUAGUACAUAAAGCUUGCACUCUGUGUCCUAUAUCUAGCAGCAUGGGGUACGUUUGGCAGUUCACCCCAUUAGGGGGUAAAUAAUUUAUGACCAUUCAUCUGUUUUUAUGAAUUUUUUUAUCUAGACAAUAAUUGUAAAUAAAGAACUCACCGUCUCUGUUCAUUUAAUACUAUGCAAUGCUUUCAAUUGCUGACUCUUCUUACUCCCGCACUGUGGUUCUGAAAUGUCUGUGGUUUAAAAAAAAAAAGGCAUAAAAAAAAACAUCAAACAGAAUAUAGUAAAUAUAUAUCCUGUAACUAAUACUUCUUUCUAUAACUGCACCGUCCACUUAGCUUCCUUUCUGUCCUCCGGACAAGGGCUCCAGGAGGAGACUCAGUUCUAGGUCUAAGCUCACCAAGUUGUCUCUCCCCACAGCUGAGGGAGGAGCAGAGGGCCCAUCCAAUGACCCCUGGGGCUGUAGAGUCCCCCGCCUUUGGAGGCAGGCAGGGCGGAAACCGAGGGGUUUCCUUCCCGCAAUUUGGGCAGCCCUUUCCCUGACUCAGAAGCAGCCUUGACUGGCCUCUUCACCAUGGCCCCUGGGCCCCUUGUCCCAACCAGAGCAUAGAGUUGGCAAGAGGGAGGUUGUCCUACUUCUGAGACCAGACCAAUGGCAGUGACUGCAAUGAUGCCAGGACUCUGGACCUGUCUUAUCCUGGGUAUCCCAGUCAGUGAACAGCCCCUCUUUUCCCCAACCAUGUUGAAAUGUCACCUUUAUGAUACUGCUAUCUGCUGAUAGCAGAGAUAGAUGUGGGUCUAUUUCUGGAAUUUACCUUCUAUUCCCUUUCUGGGUGUCUCAUCUGGCACCAGCCACAUAAUUUUAAUUAUUGUUGCUUUAUAUAAUGUGUUAUUAUAUGGUAGGAUAUAAUGUUUUAUCAUGUGGUAGGAUAAGUACUCUUCACUCUUAACAAAAUUUCCUGAUUAUUCUCUCACAUCUGUUCUUCCCAGUAAACUAAAAUUUUGCAAGUCCUCCACCCACCUCAAAUACUGGGCCCUGUCAUUCUGUGUGUAAACAUCUUCCUGCCAUUGUAAGUACUGUCCACUCGGGGUCCCUAAAUGGAGUGCUCUGUGAGGAGAAACAGAAGGGGCAUCCUGAAUCUUGAGGGAAGCCCGACAUUCAUUUCAUACUCCCACUUGCUCCCUCGGCCAGGGUGUCAUUAGGAGAGGCCACCAACGCCCCCCCCCCCCCAAUCCCAGUUUGGGACCCAAAGUCACCUACUUGAUUGUCUAAUUCUCCUCCUGGAGAAAUGUUUAUUCCUGCCUCCCUUUCCUGAACUGCUCUUUUGCUCUUUAUUCAAAGUUUCCAGUGGUUGUUUGAUACGUCCUUUGGGAUGCAGCAAUUUCUUGUCUGGACCUUCUCACCACCCUGACUCCCCCUACUGUUGUUCUACUUACAGGAGGCUGUCAGCUGGGCUCACUGUGACAUGCCUCCCAUCCAAAACUCUCUCCAUAGUGUCCAAGACCCCACCAUUAGAAGAUCUGGGCGGGGCGGGGGGUGGGAGGUGCAUUUCUUGAAGGCUUUUGGGUCUUCCAGAGCCAAGACCUAAAUUAGACAACAGCAGAAAUCCCUAGGUCCUUCCCAAGUUCCAAACCAAGCUCUCCUGGUUUUGAUGUAGAGAUCCUAUUUGCCCAAGUGGGGAGAGGGGGAUCCUAGGCCCUGGGUAUCAGCCAUCACCCUUCUGCUGAAAAUAAGAUAUCUGAGGCUGCCCUUCUCAGCCCCCUAAGUCUGUUUUGUAAUGCCUGUGGUGCUUCCCCUCCGAACCUUUCCUCUCGGGGGUCACCACACUUUGCUAACUCUUGUGUGCACAUAUUUUAUAACAGAGUAGCGAGGAAAUGGUGCCGCCUCCAGCUUCCACAAGCUGCCCAGGCUCUGGGGGGGUUCUGGGACAAUCGGGGCUGGGAAGUGACUGUGCUCUUAUUGUACACUCUUUAUUUCUCUGUAUCUCUGGCUUGUGCUUUUUGUAAUUAAUGGGAUUUGUCUGCCUUUUCAACACUAUACUGAGCAAUAACAAUAAAUGCACACGUGGAAACACA